AUGAAGGCGACGGGCGAGGGCGGCCGUGACCUGGGACAUGCUGCCCUGGCUGGUGCCCGCAUCUGCCCCGGCCCCUGCCCGGAAGGUGCCCACGGUGUAGAAGUCGAGGGCGGCCGCCACCUUGACGCCUACGGGCAGCGCGUGGCCCAGGUCUUCGUCAGCGGCUUCCGCAAGGGCACGGACGUGGCCGAGCUCAGUGAUUACUUCCAGGCCUUUGGCGGCGUGGCCAGCGUGGUCAUGGACAAGGACAAGGGCGUCUACGCCAUCGUGGAGCUGGAGGACCAGGCGGCGCUGGAGAAGGUCCUGGCCCAGCCUCAGCACAGCGUGGGGGGGCAGCGGCUGCGGGUGAAGCCUCGGGAGCAGAAGGAGUUUGCUUACGCGCCCCCCAAGCGGCAGGGGGGCGCCCGCCGCGAGCUGCUGAGUCCCGAGAAGCUGGAGCAGGAGCUGUGCCAGGCCGAGGACGUGGACGCCCAGAUGCGACGCCUGGUGCAGUUGUUCGAGUUCUCUGAGGACGAGCGCCGCCUGCGACACUUGCUGGUCACCCUCUUCCAGGAGGUCUUCCAGGAGUUCUUGCCUGGCUGCUCCGUCCUCCCCUUUGGCUCGUCCAUCAAUGGGUUCGAUGUCCAUGGCUGCGAUCUUGAUCUCUUCCUGGACCUGGAGAAGACGAAAACUUUUCAGGCCUCGCCCAGGGGAGUCCCCGAGGCACAGUGCUGCGAGGGGGCAGAGCCGGCCGCAGAGGACUCGAUCCUGAGUGACAUCGACUUGGGGGUGGCGCUGGAGGUGCUGGAGGUGGUGCGCACCGUGCUGCAGAGCUGCGUGCCCGGGGUCCACCGCGUGCAGGCCGUGCCCAGUGCUAGGCGCCCUGUUGUCAAGUUCAGCCACAAGGACUCGGGGCUGUGCGGCGACAUCUCCCUCAACAACCGGCUGGGUCUGUGCAACACGCAGUUCCUGCAGCUCUGCACUGAGGCUGACGAGCGAGUGCGACCGCUGGUCUACGUGCUGCGCUACUGGGCCAAGCAGCAGGGCCUGGCGGGUAACCCUCAUGGAGGCGGCCCACUCUUCACCAACUAUGCCCUGACGCUGCUGGUGAUCUUCUUCCUGCAGACGCGCUCCCCACCCAUCCUGCCCACUGUGGCCUGUCUCCAGCAGCUGGCAGGGGAUGAGGAGCGGAUGGUCGUGGACGGGUGGGACUGCAGUUUCCCCCGGGACGCGGCACGGCUGGAGCCCAACACCAACACAGAGAGCCUGUGCGUCCUUCUGGCCGACUUCUUCCGGGAGUUCGGGGAACAGGAGCUGUCAGGUCAUGUGAUCUCCCUGUGUGAGGGCCGGGUGCUGCCCCUGGAGGCAGUGGCGGGUGCGGGGCUGCGCCUGGGCCCUGUCACCCUGCAGGACCCCUUCGAGCGCAGCCACAACGUGGCCGCCAACGUCACGGAGCGCAUGGCCCGUCGCCUGCGGGUCUGCUGCACCCGGGCCGCCAAGUACUGCCGCAGCCUGCAGUACCAGCGCAAGUCUGCCAAGGGCCGGCCCUGGGGCCUGGUGCGCCUCUUCCAGCCUGAGGCUGGCGAGCUGGACUCUGACGGGCUGCUCCUCGCCUUGCCCUUGGCCCCGGCUGCCCGUCGGCAUGAGCUGGGCCUAGAUCCCAGCUCCCGGCAGAGCUGGUUUGGGCACGUGUGCGCUGGCGUUGCCUUUGUGCUCAGAGACGUCUUAAAGUGCAGUUGCACGGAGCUCCAGCGUCAGCCCCUUGGACAUGCAGAGCAGCUCCUGGAGCCCCCCGGGGCAUCCCUUCAGCAGGGGGAGACCGGGGAGCCCCCAACCUCCCCCACCCAGCAGCUGGCAGGCCCCAGGGAGCCUGGGGAUGCCCCCACCGACCCAGGAAAGCCACUGGCUGCUGGGCUCAAGCGCCCCCUGAGCAAAGAGGAGGGGAUCCCCAGCCCUGUCUCCGUCUCCCCUGCCCGGAAGAGGCUGCGAGCAGAGGCCCUGGAAGAAGCAGGGGCUGUGAGCUGGAGCUGCGCCCUGUGGCACCGGGUGUGGGUGGGCCGGCGCCGGGUGCGGCGGCAGCUGCGGCCCCAGCACAACAGUCCCCUGGCAGAGGCCGGCACCGAGCAGGAGGCCGCGCGGUCCCUGGAUCUGGCCAGCCCGGAGCCAGGGCCAGCACCAAGGACAGAGCUAGGCCCAGAGCCAGGCCCGCCCCCAGUCCAGCCCGCGGCCGAGACAGCCCCCCAGUGAGCGACUCAGCUGCGUGGGGCUGGCCGGGAGCAGGGCUCGGGACGCUGUGACACUGCCCUGCUGCGUGCGCGCCGCCUCCAGCUGGGGGGAGAAUAAAGGUCCCGCUCUUGUGUCCCAACCCGUGUCCUGGUCUCCUGUGAGCUGGGGGGCCGGGAACUGUCCCUCGCUGUCCCCUCUGGGUUUGGGGUGGGGGGGACGUGGCAGCCGCGUCUGCCCGGUUCAGGCUGAUGCUUUGGCCCGGCAGCCUCUUCUGCACACGGCUGGACGGUGCCCGUCUCUGCGGCUGCUGUUGGCAGAGCCCUGGGCCCCCCAUGACCUGCUCUGGCGCUUGGUCGAGCUCAGCGCCGGAGUGGGCAGGUCUGAGGGCACCACGGCCUGGUCCCAGGGUCACCCCGCCCCCCAGAGGUGUGAGAAGGUGGGGGGGGUGGCAGAAAACCAUGUCCUGGCCCUUUAAGAGCCCCG